CUCAUCCCGCCGGCAGUCUUCCACGCCUUUUGAAUCUUGAGGGAUUCCUUUCCAGCGAGGAAUAGCCGAUUCAAAUAGUAGGGACAGCGGCGCAAGUGCUGGGUUAGGCAACAGGUACGAUAAACAAGAACAAAGAACAGCCUCAGUUAUCGCAACGGGUACGACUUGUUCCUAUUUGUCUUGUCCUCUUUUCCCGUCACCGAAACUCUGCAAAGGUUUUCUUACUCAUCGCUCCCUACGUCCGUAACGCGACGACGCCUACGGCCGACACGCGCCUUGCCUCGUAGGGCUGCAAGGUACAGACAGGCAGGUUCGGUAUCGAUAGAGAAGAAAAUGGCCGAUCUCACCAGCUAUUCCUCAAACUCCCCACCCCAGGGAACGGCAGCGUCGCCUUCACAAGCUACGGCAGGCGAGAAAAAGGCGCACAAUAACCAGCCACGCAUCCGCCGUAGGAACCGCUUGAUCACAUCGUGUCUGGAGUGUCGCCGCAGAAAGCUCAAGUGCGACAAGCUACAGCCAUGCACCAAUUGCACAAAAUUCCAGCGCGACUGCGUGUUUCUGGCACCUGCGCUGGACCCUGUAGGGCAAGCGAAGUUAGCUGAGGUUAAGGAAAAGAUGGGCAUGCUAGAGAGGAGGUUGGAAGAGGAUGUGGCGCGACGUGGUACUACGAAGUCGGCUUCACCAUCUGCAGGAAGGUCCACUCCUCCUUUGCCAAGUCUCGCAGACACUCAUAGCGACCCUGAGGAACCAGAAGACGAGAAGGAUUUAGAGCCUACGGAUCUUGCAUUGGAAGAUUGUGCGUACUAUGAGAAUGUCGACGACGAUCUUGUGGACCUUGGGAUCCAAAUGGGGAAGUUGCGAAUCACGGAGAGAAUUGGUGGCCUCGUCAGACCACGAUUCUCUGAAGAACUCUCGCAAGCUCUUAAAGAAGUCCCGGAAUUGAAAGUCCAAACCCCAUUCCAAAGCCAAACCCCAGAGUCAUAUCUCGGGCCUGGACGAGAAUAUGUGGCUCCGUCUUCUAGUUUCUUCUUCGCACCGGGAGUCCAAAGAACGUCUCUAAUGACUUAUUUACCGUCCAAGGUUCUCGCGGAUAAAUUGAUAGAUCAUUACUGGCGAGCUGUGCAUGUUAUCGCCAGAACGGUCCAUCGCCCCUCCUUUGAGAAGCAAUACGAGGAUUUCUGGCAGCAAAUCUCUAUGGGAAUCGAGCCUCGCGUGUCGUUUCAAGCAGUUGUUCUUGCGGCUCUACUAUCCUCUGUGAUUAGCAUGUCAGAAGAGAAGGUGCUGAAUGAUUUUGCUGUAGCUAAAGACAGACUGGUAGAAAAUUUCAAGCAAGGCACAGAGACAACACUGGCUCGAGCCAACUUCCUCAGGACCACCAAGCUCGAAACUCUCCAGGCUUUCGUUAUGUACCUGAUCCCACUCUGUCGUGCAGAAGUAUCCCGUGCCCAUAGCGCCCUGACCGGCACCCUAAUCCGACUGGCCGAAUGCAUGGGGCUCCACCGCGAUCCAUCUCACUACUCCUCUUCCCCGCUCGAAAUCCACCUGCGCCGCCUAGUCUGGUACCAAAUCUGUUUCCUCGAUAUCCGAACAUGUGAAGCAACAGGACCGCGGCCGCAAAUCCGGCGCGAUGAUUUCGACACACAAUAUCCACUGAACAUCGAUGACGUGGACCUUGAAAACGGGGGUUGCGGGGGUUACGGUCCUGAUGGAAAGGGGACAGAAGACGCGAAGCAUUUCACCGAUAUGACGAUCACGCGAAUGCGGUUCGAGUGUUAUGAAAUGCAUCGAUUAAUGUGGCUCGAACGGCCUCGCCUUGAGAAGAAAAAAACAACACUUACUUCUGUACUGAAAAAGAUUCAAGAUUUCCAGGCGCGUAUGGAGGAGAAAUAUCUUCCGAUGUUGGAUAAACGCCUCCCGCUGCACCUUCUCGCAACACAGAUCUACGGGAUUUUAAGUUGUAGAUUGCAUGUUGCUGCGCUGAAUAAAUACGCCAGUAACCAACACCGCUUGAUGCCGGAGCGGUUGCGACAGCUUAUGAUGGGCACGGCGCUAUUGACGCUGGAGUAUAGUAUCACUAUCGAAACUACCCCUGCGCUUUCGCUCUGGACUUGGUAUGUUGGAGCGUUGCAUCAAUAUCAUACCGCACUUCUCCUCCUCUCAGAACUCUACGCUAAACCGCGCGAGCCGGCGCUCGAAGAACGCGUCUGGCGAUGUCUGGAUUUCGCGUUCGAUCUCCCCGCCGGUCUCUGUGGGGCAGACAAAAGUCGAAUGAUAUUAGAGGAGCUGGCUGGUAGAACGCAGAUGUAUCAAUCUUUGCGAGGAGUGCGUGCGCCGACGAAGAUGAAACAUCCGGGGCCUAGAAUCUACAAUUAUGAGUAUCAGCAGCGGAGAGAGGAGGAGGAGGCCAAGAAGAGGGAAGAGAAUAUUAGGCGUAGUGUUUCUCUGCCACUGAGUGAGAGUGGGCAGCCGGGGAUGGGUAGCUAUGCUAUGAGUACCAGUCCGGUCAAUCAAGCUGGCCAACAACAGCAGCAACAGCAACAGCAUCUAGGUAGCUUAGGCACAUCUGCCAAUACCGGAGGACCAACUCUCCACCACCUCCCGCCGCUAGAAUAUGGCUUAGCAGAACUCGCUCCCGGCGGCGUCUCCAACCCAGACCCCAAUGCCUUCGGCGUCUUCGUACCGCCCACAAGCGGAUCUUUAGGUCCAGGAAACACCAUAUUAAGGCCGUCGAGCAUGGGCACGAGCCCUGGUCAGGGAAGCGACAGCAGCAGCAGCCUCUACUUGACUCACUCUCAAUCUCACUCGGGAAUGCCCGCGACAAGCGGUGGAAGCGGGAGUGUGGUUGGAAGCGUGAGUGCCAGUGGAAGCAGUCCUAAUGCUCUGGAAGGAUUACCGGAUAUUGAUUGGAACGAGCUAGAUCUAAUGUUCCCUCCAACCGAUGAAACAAUGGCGGGAGAUAUCAUGAUCCCGCCAUACACGUUUCCGCAGUUUUCGCCUGGCGAUCUAGAUUUGCAGUGGGGGGUUGAGAGUGGGCAGUAUUAGCGUAGGGGUGAGUGCUGGAUAUGGUUUGGGGGCGGCCGGAGGGGCAGGGAUGGGGUGGCUGGAAGGGCUGGGGUUCAAGGGAGGUGAUGAGGUGGAGUAGCUGCAUAGGCCCUUGCUGGGUGGAUGUGUGAGGUUAGGUGAGUGGAUGAUCUGCUCGGUUGUGUUUGAUUUGGCAACGAAUAUAGCUUAUGAUGUUAUGAUGUACGCGAAUUAACGCAUAGGUUGGUGGAAGGGAGGAAAAGACGUUGGUAUGAUUAUGAUUAUGGUUGGCCUUUUGGGGGGUUAGAGUGUGUGUUCAGGGGUUCUGUUUCUCUACUCUCACAAAGACAUAUCUUACAAC